GUUAUUAGCAAACCGACUUUGAAAAGUGCUAGAGUUAAAGGGGAGUAGCAGAUGGCAUUCAUAAGUGGUAGACAGCUUGUGGAUGGUGCAAUAAUUGCAAGUGAGGUGAUUGAAGAGGCAAAGAGAAAGAAAAGGAAAAGCUUCGUGUUCAAAAUUGACUUUGAAAAGGCAUACAAUAAAGUAUGCUGGGAAUUCCUAGACUACAUGAUGUUGAGGAUGGGAUUCAAUGAUACAUGGAGGAAAUGGAGACAAGAAUGUCUUCAAUCAAGCAUGAUUUCAAUCCUUAUCAAUGGAAGCCCAACAAAACAGUUCCUUGUCAACAAAAGAUUAAGACAAGGUGAUCCGUUAUCCCCUUUUUUAUUUUUGAUUGUGGCGGAGGGGCUAAAUGGCUUAGUGCCAUCCGCAAUUGAGAAGGAUCUGUACAAGGGGGUGUUGAUUGGUGACGGUGAGGUGAUGGUCACCCAUUUACAAUUUGCGGACGAUACAAUCUUUUUUGGGGAGGCAUUAAAAGACAAUAUAAGGGUGAUCAAAUGUAUCAUGAGGACUUUUGAGCUGGCCUUCAAUUUGAAAAUUAAUUAUGGGAAGAGUCAGAUAGUGGGGGUUGAAGCGGAGGAAGGAUGGAUUGAGAAAAUGGCGUACAAGCUGUGUUGCAAGGUGGGAGAGUUACUAAUGAAAUACUUGGGAAUUCCUAUUGGCAGGAAUCAUAGAAAACUAGCAAUGUGGCAGCCAUUGGUGGAUUCUUUCAAAAGGAAACUAGCUAGCUGGAAAGGUCGGUAUCUCUCUCUUGCAGGUUGGGUCACACUCAUUAACUUUGUGUUGUCUAGCUUGCCUGUGUUCCUGAUGUCAGUCUACCUCAUUCCAAAAGGAAAAGAGAAGGAAUGCCAUCAAAUGGGUAACACUCAAAGCAGCACAUGGAAAUGGAACCUAUCAUGGAGAAGAAUCCUAUUUCAAUGGGAAAAAGAGGAGGCAAAAGAACUUUGCAAGAUGAUAGAGGAGGUGAAGAUAUACCCCGGAUGUGCAAAUAAAUGGGAAUGGAGGCAUAGUAAGGAUGGCCUAUACUCAACCUCAAUUGCGUACGCAAUAUUAACAAUAGAGGAAAGGGGACCGGUUGAAACAAAAUUCUUCAAGAGGGUAUGGAACCCUGUUCUCCCAAGUAAAAUUGUUGCGUUUAAUUGGAAAGUAAUGAUGGAUAGAAUUCCAACCAAACUGAAUUUGUUCAAGAGAGGAGUCAUUAAGGACAUGGAAGAUGGAAAGUGUACAUUGUGUGAGGUUGAGGAUGAGGAUAUUAAUCACUUGUUUUUCAAUGGCAAUGUAGUUAGGUGGUUAUGGGUGGCUUGUGCUAAAUGGUGGGGGAUUACCAUCAAGUUAGACAAGGAUUGUAGGAAAACCUUUGAAAGCUUCGGGACAUGGACCAAACAUCCAAGCAUCAAAGAAGGAUGGGACAACAUCUGGAACACAUUGGUUUGGUCCAUGUGGCUAGCACGAAAUCAAAAGAUUUUCCAAGAUUCGGAGGCAAAUAGGGGUAAGAUAUUUGAACUUAUUCAAUUGAGAUCUUUUGUAUGGAUUAAGGCAAAGAAAGCUAGGUGUUACUUCAAUCUUUCAGACUAGUUGCAGGAUCCAAUUUCAUGCCUUACUAUUAACUGUGGGGGGAAUAAGUAAAUUGGAGAAGGAUCGGUUUGAAAGAUGGGGGUAACUUGAAUUGGCUUGAUUUUUUUGCGACUAUGUAAAUGGGUUUGAGUACCCCUUAUACUUAGUUUAUUAUUAAAAAUAUUAUUUGGCU